AUGCUGGGUUCUUCUUCUCAAUUUAAGCAAGUCAUAGUAAAGAAAACAAACGUUCCAUAUGAAUUGAGAUUUAUUGACAUCAGAAAUUAUAUAGCGGGUGGGACAUUAGACCAAUUCACUCAAGAUUUCGGAAACAAUAAAUCACGUGUUAAAUCCUUUUUCCCUUAUCAAUUCAUCACAUGGGAAAAUUACGAAGAAGAAUUAUAUAAAAAGGAACCAUUCACGAAAGAUUCAUUUUAUUCAGCAUUAACACAAGAAACAAUAUCCGAUUCAGAUUAUCAAAUAUAUCUCAAUGAUGCUAAAAAUUUUAAGAAUAGAUUAGAAUAUUUUAUUCAUUAUUGCAAUAAAGAUGUUGAAAUUAUGAUUGACCCAAUUGAUAAAAUUAUUGAAGAAACAUUUGUUUAUAAAAUUGAUAUGCUUCAUAAUCUUUCUUUAUCAUCGAAUGCUUCAAUGAUUCGUUACGCGUUAGCAUAUAAGAACUUCAAUCCUAACGAAACAUAUCCAGAAGAAGAAAAUGUGGAAUCAAGUUUUGAAUUAACAAAAAAGUAUUGGAAAUAUAAAAUUGAAUCAUAUAAGAAACAAGAUGAAAAAGCGGAAAGGGAUACUAAAAACAAUGUUUCAAUGGAUGACUAUCAAUACUAUCACGAUUUAAUCCUUUCAUCUAAAUGCAAAAUGUGUGGUAAAGCGUUUACAUAUGCAAAUAAACCAACAUUGGAUAGAAUAGAUAAUGAAAAACCACAUACCAAAGAAAAUUGUCAGUUAAUGUGUUGUUAUUGCAAUGUCGUGAAAUCAAAUAAAGAUGAAGAUGUUCAACGUUUAAGAAUCAAUUUAAGAAAUUAUGCAUUAAAAAAUAAUUUACCAAUGACUUUAGAUUCAGUUGAAGCUUAUCACAUUCUCCGUAAUGGAAUUACUGGUGGUCUAUCAAAUGUUCAACAUAGAGUAAAUCUUAAAGGAAUCACGCACAUUAAUAAACUUUCAUAUAAUCCAGAAACUAAAACUGUAUCAAAUGAGGACACCACC